CAUAGAUGGUAACACCCCCCCCGUUCAUUUUGUAGUUAGAAGCACGGUCACAUUUCCAUUCAUUGAGUUUCCAUCAGUUUACGCGCCUCUUCGUCAAAGGAAUUGAGCUCACAAGUGCACACAAGUGUCAACUGGGCCAAAAAACAAAUUCCGAUGUCUUCCCUCGUCUCCAGCAUCCCAUCUGUCCUCCUAAACACAGGAGUUCAGAUGCCCAUCCUGGGUUUAGGGACCUACAAGUCGGUGGAUCCUGAAGACGUGCACAGGGCCGUGGACGCGGCGCUGCUCGCUGGUUAUCGGGCCUUUGACAGUGCAGCCGCCUACCAGAAUGAAGCCGCCUUUGGCCGAGCCUUGAGGGAGCUGCUGCCCAAACAUGGCUUAACCAGAGAGGAUGUAUUCAUAACCAGUAAACUGGACCCCAAGGAUCAGGGCGAGAAAGCCAUGGAAGGAGCCCUAUGCAGCCUGUCUCAGCUGGACCUGGGUUACAUUGACCUCUACCUGAUCCACUGGCCUGGAACAAAUGGCCUGGAUGUGACUGACCAACGCAACCCAGGCAACCGAGCUCAGAGUUGGGCCGCACUGGAGGAGCUGCAUGCCCAGGGGAAGCUGAAGGCCAUUGGAGUGUCAAACUACACACCAGCACACAUGAGAGAACUGAUGCAGAGCUGCAAAGUCCCUCCUGCACUGCUGCAGGUAGAGUUUCACCCCAAGUAUGUCCAGACAGAGCUGAGGAAAGUUUGCAAGGAGUAUGGAGUGUGUUUCCAGGCGUACUCCUCCUUAGGGAAAGGAGAGCUGAUCACUGACCCCGUGGUCUUGGAGGUGGCAGAGAACUGUGGACGCACCCCCGGACAGGUCCUCUUGCGCUGGGCUGUUCAGCAGGGCGUCCCAGUGAUACCUAAAUCUUCAAAUCCAGAGCGAAUAAAGGACAACGCCAGGCUUUUUGACUUCACGCUGAGCGACGCAGACAUGGACAGACUGUCAGCUUUGGACUGUGGGCGCAAAUACUGUCGGGAUGCAGCACUGGUGGUUUGAGAGACGUCUGGGGAGGUUAUAAUGCCAAUCUUUAUUGUGUAGCACCUUUCGUACAAGAAAUGUGACACAAAGAGCUUUACAGUAAAGGAAGAUGGACAUAGAUCAACAUAGUGCAAAUAACAUUGGAAAUAAAGCACUCUGUCCUGCCAUAAUGCCUCUACCGGGACUCCUACGCAUUAUCACCAGUGAUUUUCUUAAUCAUUUUUAUUUCCAAGGCUUAAUCUACUAGGUCAUAGACCAGGUUUCUUGAAUUGUCCAUUUAAUUUCUACCAAUUUGCAAUACUUGCUAAUAAUUUCCAACGAAUUACACAAGAGACUCACUUUAAAAUGAUUUAUUCAGGACAGUAUAUACCAGAAGUUUCGAAGCUGUAGAUAAAAUUUACAAAAGGUCAUUAAAAAAUGUGAAGGAAUCCCCCAAAAAAGUAAGAAAUAUUACAAUGCAAAUUUCUCCUCACACAUCUGUAGAUUCAAGUAAUACCAAGGAUGGUUGCAAGACUCCAGGUGCCCGGGCAGGGUUUCCCUCUGGGGUGUGUUCAGCGCCAAAAUUACAUCAUGACUCCUUUUGAAGUGGCUUUUCCAGCACUCGCCAUCAUAAUAUUUUUCUCACAGCUGUGACAGCGAACGCACAUUAACUGUGCCUUUUUUUUCUUUUUUUUUGGAGCACAAUAGGUGACAGCGAGUUGUAAAGUUUAAGGCGGUAAUUUGGGAAACGGACAAGGCCGGUUAUGCGGCUUCACAUCACAAGUUACAGCAUGUUCAAGGCAGUUCAAGACAAUAUUAAACUCUUAAAAUUUCCUAUUUAUAUUCGGCCCCAGCGUCUCGACACCAGGUUCAUACUCUUGCCCAGCGGAUUUAACUCACUGCUUGUGUCACAACGCAGACACAGAUCUUAGACGUAGUGUAAAACACUAAAUCUUCUGACGACACAAUGAAGCUUUCUUAUUUCCCCGCUAAGUGUUACUUGUGUUUUUUGCACUUUUCUUCAAAGUAACAGCACAGCCUAAAUUUACCAGACACUAAUAAAACAUGUUGGACCCGGGUGAAUCUUAAAAUAAAGGAGAUGUCAUUUG